AUGAGCGGGACUAUAACAGGGCCUGUUGGAACGCCUUAUGAAGGAGGAACGUUUUUGGUGGAUAUAGUACUUACAGAUUCGUACCCUUUCAAGCCUCCAAAGAUGACCUUUAUUACCAAGGUCUGGCACCCUAAUGUCAGCAGCCAAAACGGUGCAAUCUGUCUGGAUAUUCUGAAAGAUCAGUGGACUCCUGCCUUAACGCUCAAAACAGCUCUAUUGUCACUCCAAGCCCUCUUAUCAUCACCUGAACCUGACGACCCUCAAGACGCAAUUGUCGCUCAACAGUAUUUGAAGGAUUAUCAGACGUUUGUCAACACUGCACGGUACUGGACCGAGGCUUUUGCCAAAAGACCAUCCUUGGCACUUGAUGACAAGGUGAAAAAGCUGGUGGAGAUGGGCUUUCCAGAGGCGGCUGCUAGUGGUGGGUUUGGCGAGGUAGAUGCUGCAGGAGCACUAAGAUGGUACAUGGCAGUCGAGGAUUCCACAGCAAUGUUGUGUUGUCAUAUGCUGUGUUUCCGCAUCUGUUGCCCGUCUUCCCGCACGCUGAAGCAAGCACUGGUAACCACCCACUCGCGCCUGGACGUGCUGCUUCUCAACGACCAGCUUGGCAACUUUAUCUUUGACUCUCUCAUCGACUCCUCUGCCGCCGGUGCAGCUGCUGCUGCUCCAUCUGCCUCUGCUGCCCCAUCGCACUCGACUCGGACAUCAUCAACGCUUCCGGUGGAAUCUCAUUCACCUGCGGGUGCAUUGCAAGCAGCUGCUGCAGAGUCGGGAGGCACAGUACCGGACAACCAAGGAUUAUCGGCGGCAGCAGCAGUGUCAGGGAUCGACUCGCUGGAGGCUGCCAGAAAGAGGGUGAAUGAGUUUGUUGAAACUUGCAAAAAGUGGGAUCUGAAGCCGUCGCAAGUCCUUGUGGUGCUCGGCUCCGGACCCACCUCGUCGUUCCUCUUCCAUGCCCUGCAAGACAGCCCUUUCUUCAUCUGCCAAAUGGCCGCAAACACAUCCUCUUCUGAUGCCGGACUUCCUCCUCAAGUCCAGGCCUAUUCCAGCCUCAGUUCUUCCACACAAGGCGACGGUGUUGAAGCCAGGGAUGCUGAGAAGAUUCGCAAAACCGCCGCCAGUGGAGAAGAUGCGGUGAAUGGCUCCUCGGAGUCACCAAGAGUCAUGGCUCAGGGUAGAGCUGGAUGGGGCGCAUGGUGGAAACAGCUGUCCGGGGGGACAUUGCACAGGGAUGGAGUGCAAUUCGGAAAUGUGGGGGUGGAUGGAGAGUUCUUAGCGACGCGCAAAGCGCUUUUUCCCAGGCCUCCCUCUCCCACGCGAGUCCUCUCUAACCCCGACCUUGCCGACAGGAUCUCCCGAGUCCCGUCCGCACGAAUCCUUUCCACCGCGUGGCGAUCUCAGAUGGCUGAUUCGAUCGCCACGUGGCAACCCUGGGAGUUGCCAGUUCCUUCCGACCACAACUUCUGGUCUCACGGCGCAGCAGCUGCAGCUGAUUCUGCUGACGUGGCAAAGCUUCAGACCCUCCGCUGCGCGGACGCAGGCUGGGCUCCGUCGCUCCUCGCCAUGCUCGCCGUGCAGCCGCAGUCCGGUGCGGCGUGCAACUUAGCCUCCCGCCAGCUGCACCCGCUGCUGCUCUGGGACCACUGGAUGAAGCGCCACGGCUCUUCAGACGAGUUUAGUGCCUUAGCUUCCGUGUUUUGCGCUCAGGAGAGGCUGGUUGCGGCGACAUCGCCAGCUUCUGGCGACGAACAGCUAGCGACGGUCGGCGGCGAUUUGUCGGCGUUCCCGAAGCGGCUCGACGCGAAGUUUCCUCUGAAGAAGAAGGCGUUCUGCGAUUCGUUAUCCGCGCUACAGAAGGAAACCUCAGGGUCCGGCAAGUUCUGGCUGGCGCGGUAUUUACGCAGUCUGCAGCAGUACGCGCUUGUCGGCUUGCCGCUUCACCAGACGGUUAAGCGGCAGGCAGCAGCCGGCGACAGCCCUUCUCUUGAUGAUUAUCUCCUGUAUCGCGCUGCCACCUCCCCCGCAACUCCCGCCGCCUUUCUCGCCGCUGCGUCGCGCAACCUCCCUCCCGUGUCUGACAGCACGCUCGAGUCGCUCGUCCUCCCGCUCCUCUGCGUCGGUUCCGCGUUUUCCGCUCUGAAAGGCGACUCGCUGCUGGAGCGGCGGCGCCGCCUGCACGAAUCCGCGUCGCUACCAGCAUCGCUCCUGUUUGACGCCGAAACCGGUUCAUUGCUUCUGGACACCCUCGAGGCGGCUUUCGUUCAGAUGGCGGCGAAGGUCGAGAAGGAGGCGAAGCGGUUGCAGCUGGCGUCGGACCGAGUCGCGGUUUCCUCGUUCGUGCGCCUUCUCAGAAGCGUCGUCCACGGCGUGAGCCUAUGGCAGGGCGCCGCGUGGCGGUUCCGGGACCUCACCGCUGCUCCUGCAGGCGCUUCUGUUGAGAGCUUUUCCGAGAGCGCUGUAUAUGCUAGCGAGUCGGAUUCUGAUAGCGAGGAUGAGUGGGGUAGCAACGGAAGCCGGCGCAGCAGCAGCAGCAGCCUGAGCAGCAUGAGCACGAGUAGCAGCUUGAGUGGGGCAGAGGUGCCUCAGUGGAUUCUGGAGCAGAUCGAAUCAGCCUCGGCACGCUUCACUGCCCAAUGA